GUUUUGUUGUGCCAAAUUACAGGUAUUAUUUUAUUUUUGUAACAGGAAGAUUUGCUAUUAAUAAUUUGAGUGUUUGGAUGUCGUAACGUGCGAUUGGUGUAAAUUUAGAUGGAUGUAGUGUUGUCAAGGUGUGUACAGACGGUGUAAAUCAACAAAUUUAGAAGUUUGAUGACAUCACCAACAGUUUAAUUCAUGGAUCGCUUACAAAAGAUUUAUUGACGUGAUUAAGCUUCAGGAAAAACAAAGCGGGCAUUCAAGUAGUAGUUGCAAAUUAAAUGGAUUCGAUGACAAAGUCACUCAUUCGAAUGAAUGAUAACAUUUUACACUGAUCUCAAUGUUUUGAAUCGCUUGGUAGUGUAAUAAAGGUGUUGUGAAGAUACAAAUUCAUUAAAGUAUUGUAAGAAAUGGGAAAUGUUGUAUUAAAGAUUAAUAUAAUUGAAAUGGAUAUAUAAACACCUGCUGAAAUAAAAAGUUUAGAAAGUGACUGUGUGGAUCGGAGACGUAACAGAAUGUCUGCCUCGGUGGAUAUAAAUAGUGGAGUAAGUGGUGGGAUGGCAUCACCAGUGGAAGCAGAAGAUGCAUUUGGAGAUGACCCAAGAAUGGACAAGAAGAAAAAGUUUAAGCCAUUCCAGAAGAUGAAGAACUUUUUCCGUGGUAGCAGCAAGAAACGGUUCAAACCGGAGGAGGCUGGUGGUCAGAAAUCUCAUUCUAUAGGUGCGCUUCACCAACAUUCUAGUGGUGCGGAUGAUGACGAUGAAGGAGGAUUCAGACCCAAGUCCCUUGGUUUAGCGGGCAGCCGGAGUAUUUCUGAGGAUAGUAUCUUCAAGCCAGAACCCAAGGAACAGACACCAGGUGUUUUAGAGAAUAAAACUGUCUCCAUGGAAAAUAUCGACACAAAUCCAUUUCAGAGUGAAUUGUUCGCCAAACUUAGAUCUCGACAAUCAGAUUCUGAUAUUGACGAGGGGCUACCAUACAGCCCCUUGACAACGCUAACUGCACAUGGUCUUAUGUUUGAUACGGGCCGAAAGUCUGUACCGGCAGCGGGCAAGUCAACCAGUCAAGAGAGUGAACAGAGUCUGAUAAGUGUGGAUGGUUCCGAGGAGGAUCUGUUCUCAAGCAACUGGAAGUCUGGUGUAGCCUCGGUAAAAACUGGUAGAUCCACAUCCUUAGAUAGCUUACCAGAAAAUCAGAUGGAGGAGAUGGACUUUGAAGCAGUACAGAUGAGAUCAACAAGUCUCAGUAAUGAGGCAGCCAAACAUCGUAUCUCUGUAAAACCAAAGACAAAAAGACUAUCGAAAAAAAUGUCCAUGAGGAAAAGGGAGAGAUCUCCAGCAUCACAGUUACCUGAUGUAAAGGAAGAACCUCCCACAAAGUCACAGGCAGAUCAAGAGCCAAAACAGACAGUUCCUCACAAGACUGUUAUUUCAACUACCAUCCCUGUAGGACCAUCGGCAGAUUCUAAUGUUCAUGUCAUACCAAAGUCUGAACCUAGGGAUAUCCCAAGUCAGCCAGAGGUCACGCUGAGGUCACAUGUCAAGGAUGUUGCCAGGUCAGACCCCAGAGAUAUUCCACAGUCAACAACACAGAUUGAAGAAAAGAGUAGACCACGAUCUUUGUCACCGCUGUCUACAAGUCCGGUGUCACAGUCUAUGCUACAUGAAGUCAAACUAAGGAAGAGACCGGUGUCUGGCAAGUUCGAUGGUGAAGAUGUUAAUAAGGAAACAGAUAACAGUGAAAAUGAACUGGCAAAAGCCUUUAAUAGAGCAAAGAGAAUUUCUAAAAAGUUUGAUGAAGAGGGUAAUGUUGUAGAUGUGAAUGUAAAGCCAGGUGUAAAGGUUCAAGAGAAAGAAAUAGAAGUGAAAAAGCUGGUAGAAGUAACAAAACCUGUGUCAGAAACUAAGACUUUGCCAGUUACUUCACCUGUGAAAGACUCGCCUGCUUCUCCCGUAUCAGGGGUAAGCUUUGUGUUGAAAAAAGAGCCUUUGCGACCUGGAAACAAAACAGAAAGUUCAAAAAGUGUUAAUAAUGAACUAAAAGAUAUUCCAAAAGUUGCAGCAGCAGAGCCAAAAGCUACGAUAACAGAAACUCCAAAGUCUGUUACUAUAAGCACUGCCACUGAUGCUGAAAAGGCAAAAGAAAUUAAAUCGACGGAGAAAGAGGCUAAAGUAGAUUUGCCAACAGCAUCACCAAAGCAAGGAUCACCAGAGAAACUAGCUUCUCCUAGGGAAGAAUAUAAACUCAAAAGAGCAGCUAGAAGUAAAACACUGCCAGUUUCUAAAGAUAUUAUGGACAAAUCUGAAGAAGUAGAAACCAAGUUAGCAACUAACAGGUUAGGAAGUCCUCCACUUGGAAAUCGGGAAAGAAAUGAUUAUGACAGUGUUGAAGUUGGUGUGAAAUCUGCAAGUAUUCAGUCUAAAAGGUCGUCCUGGGCUCCGGCCAGUGCAACUACAGCAAAUGCUGCAGAACCUGCUUGGGUUGUACGCGCAAGACUGAAACAAAUGGAACAGGAGAAGAAAGCAGAAGAAGAUAAACCUGAUGCUGCAAAAGAAGUUAAGAACGAAGUGAAGGGAGCAAGUCAGAAUAGUUUCAUUAAAAGUGAAAAAGUUGAAACUGUUAAAUCAGCAAAUGAACAAAAAACUGAUAUUCCAAAGGGCACAGUGCAAACAGGUGGAGUUAAGUCAUGGGCUCAAAGUUACAGUGCAAAACCAUUUGAAAAGCCAACAGUUUCUAUAGCAUCUAAACCAAAUGUUGGUGUAGUUAAAACAAGUGUUCAUUCUGUAAAGCCUCCUGUAACUGCAAACUUGGAACAACAAACUAAAGCAACUGUUUCAGUAAAUUCAAUGGCUAGUUCUAAUGUGGUAGCCUCAGCAAAUUCAAAGCCCGUAGCAACAACUUCUGCCAAACCAACAGUUUCAUCUGUUAACAAGCCAACAGUUUCGUCAACUGUUUCUAAACCAACAGUUACAGCUUCUGCUAAAACAGCUGUUUCAGUUGCAUCAAAACCUGGAUUUGCAAAACCAUUAGGGACAGCAAGUUCGAAGUCAACUGUCACAGUGUCUGCAGCUUCAAGUGCUGAUAAACCCACUUCCCAGAUUUCAAAACCAACAGUUUCAGUUUCUGGAACAUUAAGUUCCGAUAAACCAUUUUCUCAAAGUGUAAAAUCAACAUCCGGAUUUGGGGGAGUUUCUUCUGCUUCAAGUAACUUUUCAAGGUCUUUUACUGCAAAAUCUGUGACUGGCGUUCAAAAGACUGGACAGGAUAUGAAGCCAGCCUCACAAUCUUCCGUUAAACCUGUCAGUAUUUCAAGAGCAGAUUCAAAAGAUUCUACAAAUAAAUCUAUAUCUGUAAGCAGCAUUACUAAAACACACAAUCAAGACAACAAAAAAACUGACAAUGAUAUGAAAAACACAAGCACAGCAACCUCAACUGUGAAAACUGGCAGCUACUUCGAUAAAUCAAAAACAGCAUUUAGUAGUACUGGCACAAAGCCGGAUACAAGCUCGGCAGUGCCACCAUGGAAACAAGCUCUGAAUCAGCGGAAACCUUCCGCUGGAGCCCAGCAAGUGAAGAUAGAAAUAAUUGAUAAAGAUACAGAGAAGCCAGCUCAGAAAAAGGUGGAUGAGAAAGCUGCGCCUGUACAGAUUCGAGAAAAACCUGAGAAAUGCGGGAACAUUUCUGCUAGCAGACCAUCAAAGGUGCUGGAUAUGGUGAAAAGCUUCCAAAAACUUCAGGUCACAUGAUCACGAUGGUAUCAUUGGUCACAUGACCACUGCCAGCCAAUCACAGAGAAUGAACCAAAUGGACCAAUGAAAUUACAGCUUACAUUUAGUUUUUAACAAAGAGAAUAUUUCUACCUUAUGUAUUUAUUGAAUUUUUACUAGACAUAAUAUGGUAUGAUCUUCAGUCAAUGUAUAAUUUUUUCCUCAUAAACUUAAGCUUUAUCACUAGUUUUAUUUAUGCAUAAUUUAUUUCCAUUUUGUCUGAAUUCAGGUUUGAACAGGGUGUUUUUAUAAUAAUGAUAGGUUGAUUGCUUGAAAAUUGAACUAUCUUGUAAGCUCAAUGGAUAAAGCAUAAUCAUUAGGUUUUAGGUUCAAAUCUUGGGUAGGCGCACCUGUAUGUUCUCCAUAAUGCUUGAUUGAAGAUGAUACUUUCAGCUCCGAUUUUUGUAAGGAAGUUGACAGAUACUUGCAGAGAACAUGUAAAUACUAGUAUGGAAUCCAAGAACACUGGCUGGCUGUAUAGAACUGAAAUACUGUUGAAGAAAAGAGCAUGAAACCAGUGGAAACAAACAGAAUAGUAAAUUUAAAUCUACUUUUUAUGUUUGACAGUGCCAGGUAAAGUUGUGAACAAGAAAUUGUGACAGCAUAACAUUUCAAAAAGAUUAUCAUUUAUCAUAGCUGCUUUGAAAAUGCAAAUAUGAAGCAUAAGCAGUUUUCUGAAACAGUUAACGGUCUUUUAUGGUAACAAAAAUAUUAUUGAACAACAGUUUCACGUUUCAGAGUAAUUUGAGCCACGCCAUGAGAAAACCAACAUAGUGGCUUUGCGACCAGCAUGGAUCCAGACCAGCCUGGGCAUCUGCGCAGUCUGGUCAGGAUCCAUGCUGUUCGCUAAUGGUUUCUCCAGUUCCAAUAGGCUUUAAAAGCAAACAACAUGGAACCCGACCAGACUGCGCGGAUGUCCACUAUGUUGGUUUUCUCAUAACUAUGCCACUAUGUUGGUUUUCUUCCAGUAUCAGUAUUAGCAUUGAGAUGUAGAUGCAGAAGGAAAAUUAUUUAUUGUUAGUUUUUGGUUCCUCAAAUUUUUCAGGCUUUUGACAAUGUGAACCAAAUAAGAUUGAAAAUGGUAAAUUUCGUGUACACGUAGGUGGUCGUCAGUAGAAAACAAAACCCCGACAAAUUAUAAAUGUAUACCUCAGUAUAGCUAAUACACAAUGUGCCAGUAGAUUACAUAUAUUCCUAAAGCAGCUUUCCGUAUAAAGUUACUGUGAUAAUGUGUUCUGUCUAUAUUAGCUUUUAAAAUGAGCCGCGCCAUGAGAAAACCAACAUAGUGGGUUUGCGACCAGCAUGGAUUCAGACCAGCCUGCGCAUUUGCGCAGUCUGGUCAGGAUCCAUGCUGUCUGCUUUCAAAGCCUAUAGCAAUUAGAGAAACCAUUAGCGAACAGCAUGGAUAAUGACCAGACUGCGCGGAUGCGCAGGCUGGUCUGGAUCCAUGCUGGUCACAAACCCACUAUGUUGGUUUUCUCAUGGCGCGGCUCAAAUAAUUUGUAGCAACCUAACUGAUGUAUUUCAACUAACACUUGGUAUUCACAGCUCUAUGGAUGUGGAUUUGACACAUUGAUAAAUCUAGAAGUAUUUAUAUGUAAUGUUUUAAGAGCUUCUUCUGUGGUUGAAUGGUUGAGUUUACUGACAUUGAUCUGCUGGACAGUUCUUUUUAGUGUCUGACAACACAAAAUUGCUUAACCCUUACCCUCCUAAAUUUCUAUAAUGGACUGUUCCAUCAUUCAAUUUGGGCGGUACCAUUUAUUAUUCAGUGGGGUUUUCACUGAAAAUUUACUGACAGAAUAGCAAGCAGUGCAGACCAUGAUGAGCCUGCAUGGAUGUACAGGCUGAUCUUGGUCUGCCCUGGUCGCAAAGGCAGAAACACUUGCUGCCAGCAGGCUAAAGGUUAAUACACUACUGAAAUACUAUAGGUGCAAGUUUCCAUAAAAAAUAGUGGCAAGUAAUUUAUGCUUCUCAUUGAGUGUAUAAAUUUGAAAAACAUUUCUCUAUUGGUGAAAGGGAGGUAAUUAAUGAUAUAUCUCUUGGUAAGAACUUCUUAGAACAUUGAAUAAGAGAUUUUUUUUCCACAUAUUUAAGUUCAUGCAUCAGUCUUGAAUCUUAGAAUGGAUUAAUUUUAAAAAUGAGAAAUCUACUUUAAAGGGUGAUAUUUAAAUGCUUUUAUAUUGAAGAGUGAACCACUAUAAUUUAUAGAUGUGUUACAAUGUACCUGAUAAAAUGAAAUAUAUACAGUGUGAUAUAGAGUCAUAUUUCUGUGGCAGUUCUUUAUCCAUUUAACUUACAUACAUGCACUUAAGCAUUUAUAUGUUUGUUUUAUGCUUUUUAAUAUUAUAUAUGUAUUACAUAUAUGUAUUACAUAUAUAAUAUUCAUGUACCAUGUACAAAUUAAAUGUAAAUACACAUGUGUACAUUGUAUAUGUAAAGAUAAAUUGACUUUUAUGUGAAAUAUUUACCGUGUAAAUAAUGUAUAUAAUAUAUGUAUUGCAUUGGUCAGUGUAUAUAAUUAAUGUAUUAUUAUUAUAGCAGUGGGAGUUACAGACAUUGUCAUUAAGUCAGCCUUUAUCUUAAUACAUAACAGGCAUUACUCAGUGCAUUUUACAUUAUAGUACAAAAUACAAAAAAAAAUAUUGCUUACAAGAUAUGUGUGAACAGGUUUACCUUCAGCUUUCAAAGCAUUACUUGGUGUUUGUUUAACAGAGAUAAAUAAAAUCUGUCUUGCCUAUAUUGCUGGAAAAAAGAACAGGAAAUGGUUUUUUUUACACUUUAUCACAGUAUUUUAACAACACCUUUUUAUGAAGUGACAGAGAUAAAAUGUCAAUGAAAAUAUUAUUUGUUUUAUGCUUUUCGGUGAAAUACUGGACUAAUCAAUGAAAUGGAAUUGAGAUUUUCACAGUUUUGAAGAAGUAAAAAUAACAUUUAAUUACACAUUUAAAUGCGAAAGAAAUAGAGGAUAUUUGUUUGUUUCAGUGAAAUAUCAAUUUUAUUUCACAAGGGAGCAUCAAAAACUGAUAUUUUCACGAGAGAAAUAAAAUUGAUAUUUCACUGACACAAACAAAUUUUCUUUUUAUUUCAUGUGUAAAACUCUACUUCUGUUGCGUAAUUUAUAAAAUGUCGAAAAUCGCGGGAAAGGUCAGCAGAAAGCAUAACACGACGUCAUUUUAACAACGUUAUCGUCAUCAUGGUCCCCGGUAUUCAUAACGCUCAGUAUACAAUUUGACUUCAAUCGCGACGGAGGACCGGAACAAGUUCGGCAGAAACAGUGAAAAAUAAAAAUGAUAAUCUACUGUUUCAAAACUGUGGAUUAUCACUUUUACUUCACUGAGAAAACUCUAUCAUUCACUGGAAAACAUAAAAUAAUUAAGAAUAAAAUAGAAACUCUUUGCAAAAUACAUUUCAAUACAGAUAAAGAUGCAUAUAAAUGAAACAUAAAAAUAUACAUCUCUGCUCCAUGGUAAUAAAAUGUAUAGUGAUGUCUAUUUCGACAAAAAUCUUUUAAUAUGGUACAUGUAUGUUGUAAUUUACGGCUCAUUUAAUCAUAAAGAAAUCGAGGAUAUAUGUUUAUUUCAGUGUAAGAUUGAAAUAAUUCUUUCAAGUGUGAACACCAUUUGCAAUAUUUUUAGCAGUGGCCUAUGCCACGAGUGAAAAUGUAAGAAAUUGUGUUCACGAGUGAAAGAUAUUUUGGUCUUACAUGUAGAACAAAUAAAUUUUCUUUUAAUUUCAUGUUUUGACAUAAUUUACCAAUUAUAUAGUUUCGUACCAGUGAUAUAUAUAUUUUGAUUUUUUUUUCAUUGUGAAAAUACCAAAUAUAUUUUGCUCUAAUAUUUUGAUUAUUCACUGAAAAACUUUUAAUAAAUACAGUAUUUCUAACUUCAUAUAACAUGGUAAUGAGUUAUCAGGCUAGGUGGUGUGAAUUGCAUUAAAUUUUAUUUUGAUAAAUGCUUUUAUUUCAUUCACAUUAAAUGCACCUCAGAUAUUUUCAAGUUUUUUUGGACAAGCAUAAAAUAGAAAAAAAGUAAGUGAAGAUUUAGUUGUGAUAUAAUUGAAUAAUUUUUAACUGAAAUAUGUAGUUAUUAAUAAGGUUAUAUUUUUUUCUAGGUUCUACUUUUUUGCUGGUAACUUCUUUUCCAUGAGUGUUUCUUCUUUGGAUGUAAUAAAUAUAUAUAGGUGACAAUCGUUUAACUAUUAACUAAAACAGCAAAAUUCUUACCUCAUAAAAACAAUUCUUCAAGUUCUGUCAUAAUAUUUGGCUGUGAGUAUUUCAUUCUUUUAUAAUUACCUGUUGUGUUAUUAAAACAUGUAAAAACGUACUGAAAUUUGUGAUUUUUUUUGUACAUAGGUAAGUAUGUGGUUGUCACAUUUUAUACAAAGUUGGCAUUAUGUACAAACUAAUGUUUAUAUUGUAAAAUACACACCACACAAAUUGUGCAAUGGGUUAUCAAGGGGCUUGCUUGUACCUUCUGUUGUUGUUUUCAUUGUGAUAGCUGGGUUUUUUCUUUCUCUCUGGAAUCUUGAAUUUAAACAACAUAAUCAUAUUUCAAAAUCAUUGGCUUCUCUAACUUUUCUGUUAUUUCUGUGAAAUAUAUUUUACAAUUGGUUGCCAGGUUGUUGACAUUGACUGUACUUUGCAUUAUUUAAUAUACUUCAUGGUAAAACAUUAUUCACAGUCACAGAGUAUUUGUACCAAUGGGACAUGGAUUUUUUGCUGGUUUAGCUUUAAGUACAUAGCUUUAUUCAUUCUUGGAUGUGAUAUGUUUUUUUUGUCCUGUCAAUUUUUUUUGCAGAAAAUGUUUCUUUGGAAAGAAAAAAGUUACAAUCUAAAUUAUAUUUUUGUCAUGUUGUUGUUCUUUCUUCAGUUUUAUGAAAGAAAAACUUGAAAAAUACUGAUGAGUUUUAUGUUAUCAGAGUGAAGAAAAAACGAUUAUAUUGUAAUAAUUAUGCACAAAUCAAAAUUUUGGAAAAUUGAGCUACAUUUGUGUAUGUGCGAGGAUUCCUCUUUCAAGAAAAUGAUGUUCAUUACAUUUAAAAAGAAAUUGUUAACACAUUAAAUUUUCUGUAUUCAGUUGCAAGAAGGCUUUUUGUGACAGUAUACUAAAUUACUUAUGCAAAAUGAUGUAUGUAAAAACAGUUGUUUUUUUACCAGAUAUUGCCAUGUACAUUCCAUUUUCAGAGGGAACAAAGCAUCAACUUUUAUUUUUAGGGCACAGUAUACUUUCAUUUAGUCAAACAAUUUCCCCCCUCUCUUUACAAACACUGUAUUAGCCAGUAGAACUUUUAUUUACUCUAAGUUAUAUGUAUUUUAUUAGUAAGUUAUAACUUUCAUGGAUUAGGAAGUUGAUUUUUUUUGUUACAAUGCCGAACUUUUUAGUCUUAGCCACUGUUUCUCCCCUUGCCCUAGGUUUUGUUGUAACUGUUUUAUCAGAGGUUGUUUUUUUCCAGUAGUUUUUUAUCAGUAAUUUUGUGUUAUAUUUUCUUGUUACAGAUAUGAUUAUAUUUUAUGACACAAAUGAUACCAUAUUUACCAUUAUGGAUAUAUUUCACAUAUUAAAACAUUAUGCUGAUAGAA